GAGGUAGUAAAAGGAAUCCUCCCCCGCACUCGAGCCAGCGUGCGGGGAGCAUUGCCACUACCAGCAGCUCCGUUAUUAAUGACUUGAGCCUGAUACGGCGCGGAAGCAAAAUGUUCUAAGGCCUUAGCCGUUUCCCGGGCCAGGAAGGAGCCUGCGCAGAGCCCGCAGCCAUGGUGGAGCUACGGGAGAUGGACUGCAACGUGCUUCGGCACCUCCUGCAUCGGGGGGACCGCAACGGCGGGAGCUACAACCAAAACGGCGGCGGCGGCACCACCACCACCACCAGUUCCUCCUCUCCUCCCGCUGGCGGGAAGUGUCUCCUCUUGGACUGCAGGCCCUUCCUCGCUCACAGCGCCGGCUACAUCCGCGGCGCUCUCAACGUGAGGUGCAACACCAUCGUCCGACGGCGGACCAAAGGGUCGAUCAGCCUGGAGCAAAUCCUCCCGGCGGAAGACGAGGUGCGCUCCCGCCUGCGUUCGGGUCUCUACUCGGCCGUGGUUGUGUACGACGAGCGGAGCCCGCGGGCUGAGUCUCUGCGGGAGGAUAGCACCGUGUCGCUGGUGGUGCGGGCGCUGCGCAAGGACACGGAGCACACCAACAUCUGCUUGCUGAAAGGUGGCUAUGAAAGAUUCCAGUCAGAAUAUCCAGAAUUCUGCACAAAGACAAAAUCUCUUACAUCAGCCUCUACUUUGGCACCCGUGGAGCAUCUGGACCAUAGUUGCAGUUCCUGUGGGACACCACAGCAUGAUCAGGGUGGCCCAGUGGAAAUCUUGCCUUUCCUUUUCCUUGGCAGUGCUCAUCAUGCAGCUCGGAGGGACAUGUUGGAGGCCUUGGGAAUCACGGCUUUAUUAAAUGUUUCAUCGGACUGCCCCAACCACUUCGAAGGACACUUUCAAUAUAAGUGCAUUCCAGUAGAAGAUAAUCACAAAACUGACAUCAGCUCCUGGUUCAUGGAAGCCAUUGAAUACAUAGAUGCUGUUAAGGUUUGUCACGGACGGGUGCUUGUGCACUGCCAAGCUGGCAUCUCCCGAUCAGCUACCAUCUGUUUGGCUUAUCUAAUCAUGAAGAAGCGAGUCAAGCUUGAGGAGGCCUUUGAGUUUGUCAAGCAACGUCGGAGCAUCAUCUCUCCAAACUUCAGCUUCAUGGGUCAACUGCUUCAGUUUGAAUCCCAAGUGUUGACCACAUCGUGUGCUGCUGAGGCUGUGAGCCCCUCAGGAACACUAAGAGAAAGGGGGAAGAGCUCCUCCACACCUACGUCCCAGUUCGUUUUCAGUUUCCCCGUCUCUGUGGCAGUGCAUUCCACUUCGAGCAGCCUUCCUUAUCUGCAUAGCCCUAUCACCACCUCUCCCACCUGCUAGAGUAAGCCUUUGGGGGUCACACCUAGGGACAUCAAAGGACACAAUCCUACCGCCCCAUUGGCAAUCACUAUCGGCAAUAAAAAAACUCUGCCCCCCAUCCCCUACAGCCAAAUGGAAUGCACCAAAGACAGACCAAUUAUGGUCAACGUUGCAGCUAGAAUGGAACCUAGUGGGGAAUGGGUUCCGGCAUGUCCUUUCUUGGCAAGAUGUUUUACCUCAUUUUCUAAAACUAUAUAAAAUAUAAAAAGCUUGAA